UAAUUACUUUUUUUUGGAAAUGGAUCACUAUAAAAGGUGACUCAUUUUUUUUUUUGAACUGAUGGAUCCUUUCUUAAAUUUUCAGCCAGAAUUUGUCUGGACUACUAAAGCAAAAAAGCAAGCAGACGAAUAGAACCAAGAAUUAUUGAAAACGUUUUACUUGCAUAUCAAAACAGUGAUCCUACUACUCAACGGUGUAAGAGUAAUAAAUAUCCUAACCAGAGAGCAGUUAUUCAACAGGAAAUUUUUGAUUGAAAAAUUCUUCGUGUGGUUGUAGACAUAACAACUGAUCCUUGGGUUAUAAUAACUUAUUAUUAUAGCCAGAAAAGAAGAUACUGGAACCAAUAUGUCUAUUAAAGUUAGCUCUGAGAGAGAUAACGCCACCACAAUGCAUGAUCUAAAGAAAUUGUCAGACAAGCGAGUACAAGUAAGCAGUUUUCGUCAAGAUUCUGAUCUAUCCAGCUUGGACAUAGAUGUUUUAGUAGAAGAUUGGCCUGACAUAGUUUUCAGAUACUAUGAGGAUACUGAUGAUUUGGCAGUUUAUUUCGUAAAAGCGUCCCCCGGUGUUAUAGACUACUGCGAAGAUACCUCUGAUGACAUUCUUGUAUCUUAUGACAGUAAUGACAAGAUUGUAUCGGUUGACAUAGAUGGAAUAUCAAAAAUAUUACAGUGUCAUAUGUUUGAUGUGAGAGAGGAAGUGGAUGGAAAACCACCUCUUAUGCUCAAUUCUAUUUAUUAUCGAGAUUCAGAUACUCUAAAAGUUUAUUUUAUUGAUUUCAUUCCGUCUGCAAGCACUGUAUGUAAGAAAACUGAUAUUGAGGAUAUCGAAAUAGAAGUAGAUGACACUGGACGAAUUGUUUGCAUUUUAUUUUGCAAUGCUAAUGAGAAAAUAGCAAAACUAAUAACUGAAGAAGAAAGGAAAAGCCUUGCAUUAAAAUGUGAAGAAGAAACAAAGGAACUUGAAAAGUGGUCAAAUAGGAUUGUUCGUGUAUAUAAUGGAAAGUUUUAGUCUUAAUUAGGGUAAACAUAUUAUUAUAAAGAAAUUAUAAAUUUAUCCAAUUUAUUUUAUUUUUUACUAUUACUUGCUAUGCAAAAACUAGAAUCCCAUUCAAUAUUAUUGCAUUUUCUAUCUGAUUAAUUUGUAA